CCACCAAAAACAAGCCCACUCCAACUCCACUAGAAUCAUGAUUUAGAAUCGUGUGAGUAUCCCGACUGCAAUCAGUUUGGAAUCCUGAAGGAGUUGUGGUUCCAAUCACGUUCAAAAUGUUGAUUGUUGAAGUCGCGGGUAAGAAUCGUGUCGGAUUUGUGCUUGGACUCCCUGUUAUUAUCCGUUUGUCAGAAUUUUUAGGAAUCAUGUUGAAAUUGUCGGACACGUGAAAGAAUCUUGCUUAGAUUCCCGAUCAUUCUCCGCUUGUCAUCGUGGUUCGAAUGCGAUCGGGCUCGUGGAUAGAAACAUGUUGGAAUUGGAUUGCAGUAAGAGUUGGAAGGGUGUUGCUUUCAUCCUGACAAUCCUGCUCAAUUGCUGGUUGGGAAGCGCGACAACGUAAGCACCCCCCCCUUUCUCCCGCCCACAAAAAACAAAAGCUGAGGUAGACCGCACAGGAAGAUCACUCACUUGUGUCUACAUUUUGGUGUGAGUUGUCCAUUGGGUGCCAUUUUGAGUUUUAUCCGCAAGUCUGGGGGGGAGGUGGCAUUGUUCACAUUUGCAAUCCCCUCCCCACAUUACUUUAUUGUCCACUCAAACGGUGGUGGAGGAAGGGGGCCGGGGGGGUGGUAUCAGUGACAGGCAGGCUCUGUGUCACUUUACGACUCUCACCAGGCCCCGGUGACGCACACGAGUAAGAAAGUUGACACUUGUCAGAGUUGUUAAAAAAAAAAAAAACAGUUGGAUCCAGCUUUGAGGUCAUGUCGCGUUCAGGGUUGGAAUCCGCUUGGGUUCACUUUACAAUCUUUGUUGGAUUUGUGUGUGAGUCAGGUUGUCAUCAAUCCGAUUGUAAUCCUUGUUUUUUUUGUCUGUGGGUGUGUGUGUGUGCUCAUCGCCACCCCUGCAACCUUUUCUCACGGCCGUUUGCCAAUGCCGUUGCCGUGUCUUAUAUGCGCUUCGCUAAGCAACAGGAAGUCAAGCUGCCCAAACAGGAAGUAGAUAACGGAUGCAGGGAGCGACAACACGUGGCUUACUCCGAUGUUGCUUUGAAAGGGCGCGCGCGGCCAAAUGUGCCAAAUAGUCAAGCGUCUGGACUGCGCUGUCGUGUCCAAGCCGGAAGAGAAUUCUGACAGAUCCUGAACUUUCUUCAUCUCCCCCCGCAUCACACACACAUCACCUGAUGCGCCCUCAGUGGAAGCGGGGGGCCAGUGAAGCCCCCAGCAGCGGCAGCUCCUGAGUGAGCGUGGCUCCCCCACUCUCCCCACUGCUCCAACCGACCCUUCCGCGCCGCCGGGGAUGUCGGCGCCGAGGCGGCUGGCCCUGGCAGCCAUCACCGCAGCCUCCGUGCUGUGUGUCUACUUCCUGUCCGGGAACCUGGAGACCUCCCUGGCGCUGUCCUGGGCCCACCUCGGAUCACCGUGGAGCGACCCGCGUCUCCAUGGCAACCGGAGCAACCCCGUCCCCUCGCCGGCGGCCCGUCCCGGGACGACGACACCGCCGCCGGCCGCUAACGUGACCCGGCACAAAAAAAAUUCCGGGAAGCCCACUGAGCCCCCCUUCAUCGGGGACGCCUACGCCAGUGAAAAUGUCGCGCCGCAAACCGACUGCCCCGACGGCAUCGGAAGCCGCGUCGCCAAGUCGGACGUGUCCGAGCUGUUCCUGAAGAGCGUUCCGGUGCUGCAGUGGUCCAAACACGUCACGGCCGCCGAAUACCGUCGCCUCCGUCCGUACGUGGGCGCAAACGGCUGGGGGAGCCUCACCUAUCAAAUGCUGUCAGACACACUGUCGCUGCUCAACUCGUCCGCCAACGGCAUCGUGUUGGACGACUGGGCGACUCGCCGCGACCCGUCCCGCUGCACCCGCUGCGCCGUGGUCGGGAACGGCGGCAUCCUGAAGGGCUCCAAGAUGGGGAAGGAGAUUGACCAGCACCACUACGUCUUCAGGACGAACGGUGCCAUCCUGGCGGGCUUCGAGGAAGACGUGGGGGUGCGCACCACCCACUACACCUUCUCCACCAACACGCUGAUGAACUCCAUGAUGAACUACGCCUCCGCCGGCUACCGAGGGCCGCCUCAGUCUCAGGAAACGCGCUACGUCUUCCUGCCCGACCACGACCGCGACUACCUGCUGAUGAAGGCGGCGGCCCAGCGCACCCUCGUUGAGCAAGGACGCGACCGAGGCAAAGAUCCGACCACGUACUUUGGGAAGGACGUGACUGCGGCCAAGCUGAAGAUGUACCAUCCCGACUUCAUUCGCUACCUCAGAAACAGGUUCCUUCCGUCCAAAACCCUGAAAACCAAAUACAAGAGCAUCUACCGGCCGUCGACCGGCGCCGUCAUGCUGCUGGCGGCGCUGCACAGCUGCGACCGCGUCAGCGCCUACGGCUUCAUGACGCCACAAUACAAAAAGUACUCGGACCACUACUAUGACACGAAGUACCACCCGGUGGGAUUCUUCGUUAACCACGACUUGAUGUUGGAGAUGAACCUGUGGCAGCGGCUGCACCGAGCCGGCCUCAUCGCACUUUACAUGCGCUCGUGAGCCACUCCUGGGUUUUCUCCCGGACGCUCUUCAACGCCCGGCGAAUACCCGCCGGUGCUCCUCAACAUUACCGAGCGGCUUUUUCGAAGCUCCUGAACGCAUCUCAAUGACUGCUUCUGAAAUUUACCGGACACCCUUCAAGUCGCUCGGUGCUCUUCUUCUGAACGGGCGUCAACGCACCCGACUGAAUGCUCCCGAACGAUCCUUGACGCUCCGUCAUGCCCUUGAACAACUGAAUUCUUCUGAGUAUCCUUGAACAUUUCUGACCACUCCUGAAUGCCCUUGAACGCACCCGAGUGAAUGAAACAUUCCUUCACGCCCCUUCACGCUCUUGAACGCAACCUUAAUGAAUACUUCUCAGCGGCCCUGAACGUUUCGGAACACGCUCAACAAUGCCCCCGGAUGCUCUUAAAGGCGCCGAUUGAAUUUUUCUGAGUGCCCCUGAACAUUUCUGACCGCUGCUGAACGUUCCCGUACACUGUUGAACGCACCUGGGCGAAUGCUACGGAGCGCUCCUCAACCUUUUUUUGAACACUCCUGAGUGCGCCGUAAUAAUCCUGAGCACUCUUGAAUCCCCCCUGAUGUUGUUGUUUAUUUAUUCUCAGCGCAUUUGCACGUCCUCAACCACUCGUUUUGGGCCAGCGGACAGCUCUUGCCGAAGGAGAGGCACGAGUUUCCUCGAGCGAAGCUACUUAGCCAACGUGCUAAUCUGAACCUUUCAUUGUGCCCUGGCCAUCUCAAAUUCUGCUGUUGGCGGGUUCCUCGUCGAUGGAACCGCAAGCAAAAAGCAGCCUGCUGAGCGAGCCCGACAGUGUGCUGGGCCGGUCGCCGUAGCAACCAGCAACUGGACUCCCCUGUUGCUAGGGUAGCAGCAGAUUGGAACGCUCGCAACGAAAUAGCCUCCUGCAUUCCCACAAUGGGUUUUCUCCCGUAAAGAAACUUGUUGAACAACUUUUUUUUUUUUUGUUUGUUUCUUUCUUGUUCAGACAUUUUGGUUUUGAACAUGUUUUCUUCUGAGGCAUGUCGUUUUCUGUUUACACUUGUUUUUGAAAAAACGGUUUCUUUCUUGACAUGUCAAAAGAAACCUGUUAAUAAGCCAACUCUUUAAUCUUUGAAAACAUUGUUUUUCUUUUGGGACAUGGUUUUAAGUUAUUUCCUUUUAGGUAUGAUUUUCUUGUUUGAUAUUUUUUUAAACGUAUUUGUUUUAUGUCUAAAAACAAAUCUGUUUAGACACCUGCUUUAGUCUUGCUGAUUUUAGACAUACAUUUCCUUUUGAGUCCCCCAAGUGCCUUAACACAUCGAUGGCUGUGCAAGUCACGUGACCAAGCGACAGAUAUGAGGAACCAAACCAAAGUGACCUUUGUUGACUGUGACUGCCGUCGUCUCAGUGACUUAUUACAUUUUUAACGUUCCUGUUUUGGGUGUAAUGUGUAAUAAAAGCCGAAAAGCUUA